CUUUUUUGUCAAUUAAAAAAAAAAAAAAGUCCUUGACUAAUAUUGACCAGUAAAUAAAUAACAUAGAGUCUUAAAAGCACUCUUUCUCCCUUUCUCUCUCUCUCUCUCUCUCGUGUACCAUAUUCUUUUUUCUUCUAUUAUUAUUACUAUUUCUUCUUUUUAUAUACUCUACAACAACUAUGGUUCCAAUAGUCCCCAUGAAUUACAACAAUGAACACUACAAAGCAUACAUGAAUGGUAAUGAAUACCAACAAGCUCCUCCUCCUCCUCCUCCUCCUCUACAACAUCAACAGCCAAUGCCUAUACCCAUGGCUCUUCCCAUGAUGAACCAUCUUAUGGCUCCUCAUCACCUUCAUCCUCCUAAUUUCUUUGCUCAUCCUCCACCUCCACCUCCUCCUCCUCAACCCAUGUAUGCUACGGACGGCAACAACGGACAAUAUAUGGACUAUGUACAACCUGGCUAUCAUACGAAUAAUGUGGGAUAUAUGCACGGUAAAGAAAUAGGAUAUUAUCCAAUGAUUAGUGUGUAUGUUCCUGCAUUACAGAAUUCAUUUGCGAUCAGCUCUUCAAUUCUCUGUCGUUCACCUGUGCUUCAUCAACGUAUUAUGGAUGACCCAUCAACUUCACUUGAGCUGGAUCUCUAUGUGCUUCAAGAAACGUUUGAUAUCAUUAUGGGUCAUCUCAAUCGCCCAAUUUCCCAUCAAGAUAUCAUUUUUUACGCUUCAAAGAAACCUCAUAUUGCGAUUGAAUUACUUGAAGCUUCGGAAGAAUUAGGUCUUGAACAAUUGUUGGAUCCCAUCUUGGGCGCAUUGAAUCAUAAUCUCAAUCAUCAAAAGACUGCCAUGAUUUAUGUGAAUGCUAUGGAACCUUAUCAACCGUUGGAGGAAGAAGAACCUCGUCGAUGGGUAGAACUGUUGGAAGAAGAUGUGGUUUCGUUCAUGGUCAAUGGAUUAUCGGCUCAAUUGGAUGCGUUUUCGACACACGUCAAAGUGAGUGGGGAUUUUUUGAUUGGUCAGAUUCAUGCCUGUGGUUACAUGCCUUCACGUACUCCCCCCAAACAUGGAUUGAUCGAUUUGGCUCGUGCCUAUGCCGCUUUGCCUCAACAUCUCAUGAUUCGUUGUCUGGAACAUCCUAAUUUACCUGUUCAGGAUGCUAUUCAACGCUCCAGCUUUGCAAAGACAGUGUUGGCCAUGGUCGAGAGUAUGAAUCAACAUCAGCAUCAUCAACAUCAACAACAUCAGCAGCAACAACAGCAACAGCACCCACCUCCUCCUCCACAACAACAGCAACAACAACAGCAACAGAUACGUCAAAAUCAGCACUCGACUAGUACAGGUAAUCAUCUGAUGGCUGUUAUGAAGUUUGAAAAUGGAAGAGAUACUAUUGCUGUGGUUCGUCAAACUGGAUUAAAGAAAGGUUCAUGGGAUCCUAAACUUUACGAGUUGCAUCAAUGAUCAAAAACAUUUAUAUAAAAAAAAACAGAAGAAAAAAAAAAAAACAAGAGAUAUAAUUUUUUUUUGUUUUUUUUUUGUUGUUGUUGUUUUUUAAGGGUAAAGAUGAAUACUCUUCUUAAAAUCAUCUACAUAAACUCUUAAUCUAGCAUAUUCAGGUGCAACAAUAUCAUCUAAUUAGAAGAAGAAAAAAUGUUUUUUUUUUUUUUGUCAAUAAAAGUAUUUUAAAAUAUAUACA